UUAAGUACGGCAAACUUUAAACUAGUGUCAAUAUAAUCACGACAAAAAACUGUUUAUUUUUAAUUUGGCUGUUUUCAAAGUGAUACUCUUGCUAUUAUUUGAAAAAGAUGGAUGCCCCCGCCGAGGCAAGCGGAAGCGGAAACGAGCAAGAUCUUAUGGCGGGCGUCAGGCUUGUUGUGUUAAAUCUCCCAGAAGACGAAGGCGAAGGCUUGGGGUUCCGACUGACAAGAACGCUGUGGGAUCCUUAUCCUUGGGUUAGGGAAGUGGUUCCAAAUUCCCGAGCUGAUAGCGCGGGGCUGAAAACAGGAGAUUGUCUGCUGCAGGCUGAUGGACGCGAUUUACUUGGAUUACCGGUCGGUCAAGUAGCUGGCCUGAUUAGAGGAGAUGGCGCUGGGAGAGGAGUAUCUCUCCUCGUUUGGAACUGUGGUGUAGAUCCUAAGGAUGACCCGGAGCUAUUGUGGAGCUGCGGCGGUGGCUCCCGCGGUGAGAAGUCCCGGCGAGCGCUAGCGGGGGUGGUGAAGGCGCUGUCUUGCUGCGUGUGCGCCGCCACGGCUACUAGAGCUCUGAACUGUGCUCGCUCGCAUUUGUAUUGCGAAGCUUGUUGGAGACGUCUUGAGCGGUGUGCGUUAUGUAGAGAGCCACUACCUGCCAAAGACUCUCCUUACGCCCGAAACUUAGUUGCUGAACAGGUUUUUGAAGCAAUAGCAACAGAAUACGAGAUCAGAGAAACGGUGCGGCGGCCGACAGAAACAAAUUCAAACUCGCCGUCUCCUAGCCGCUCACCAAACAUGUCUCCCGCUACAAGCCGCAGAGGGCAAUACCAACUGUCUAUGAUGAACAAAUACAAAAAAACUGUACAAUUCAACGAUAAACUUGGACAAAACUACGCCUCAGACCCAAAUAUCCACCGAUCUUCGAUUAAUCAAGAGUUUAUUCGUCGGACACCCUCGGUUACUGUCAAUUCUACAAAUUCAGCAGCAAUACAACAAACCGGCAACACUGAUUGUGGCGGGAAAAGUUGCAUUUGUAACUGUCAAAAUCAAAAUGCAAAAGCGAAUGUUCAGACGACCAAUAUACCGAAGAUAAAAAUUGAAGACACGGAUAAAGGAAAAUGUAAAAACGAUGUUUCCAAGACGAAUUGUUGUCAAAAUACAAUACAGCAUAAAUUGGUUGCGAGGCUGAGGCAUGCUUGUUCUCUGGCCGACCUACAGAAUGCCGUACAGCAGUGUCCUUGUCCAACAACUAGAUCGUUGAAUAAUGUCAACAUCAGCGAUCAUUGUUGCACUAAAAAUCUUCACAGCAGUUCUUUGGAUAAUUUGAAUCAAAAUUGCAAUUCGGCUUGUGAAUCACCGCCCGUAUUCGUCCUAUCCGCGCCACCGAUUUAUGUCUUGGCUUGUGAUCAUAACAAGGAAUGAUUUUUUUUAUAAAAUAUAUUGUUUUUGUUGAGUUUUUAUUAAGGUUUUUGUGAAUAUAUAAUGUAACCGAUUUUUUAAAAAAGAA